UGCGAUCUCGUUGAGGUCACUGCGUGAUUUCCCUUCAACUGUCAUGGCUGCCACCAGGAGGCUGCAGAUAUGUGCAGUGUCUCCGACAGGAAAACACACAGCGUCGGUAAUCUUUCUGCAUGGCUCAGGUGACACUGGACAAGGACUCAGAGCCUGGGUUCGAGAGGUUCUGGUGCCAGAUCUGGCCUUCAACCAAAUCAGAGUCAUUUACCCAACAGCUCCAGCCAGGCCUUAUACACCAAUGAGAGGGGCUCCAUCUACAGUCUGGUUUGACCGUCGCAGGAUCUCACCAGACUCUCCAGAACACCUUGAGUCCAUAGACUCCAUGUGCUCCACUUUAGGGUCCAUUAUUACUGAUGAGGUCCAGGCUGGGAUUCCUAAAAACCGGAUUCUCAUUGGUGGGUUUUCGAUGGGCGGAGCCAUGGCACUUCACCUGGCAUGUCGGUAUCACCCUGAUGUGGGAGGAGUUUUUGCCCUGUCCAGUUUUCUUAACAAGGGCUCUGUUGCUUUUCAGGCUGUGGAGAACAGGCUUAAAGAGGGACUGUCCCUCCCUGAGUUGUUCCAGUGUCAUGGCACCAGCGAUGAGCUGGUGCUUCAUCAGUGGGGAGAAGAUACAUCAGAGCUUCUGAAGAAGGCUGGAAUGAGGACGGCCUUCCACUCCUUCUCUGGCCUGUAUCACCAGCUCUCCAAGUCUGAAAUGGAGCUCCUGAGAAACUGGAUUCUCAAAAAACUCCCUCCUGAUUCUCCCUAAUGUUUAAGUAACAGAUGUACAGUAUAUUUUCUAUUUAUGUAUACAUAUGUGUGUGGACCAUAUAUGACCAUGUAUCAUUUUACUGGUGAUGACAUUCCUCAUUAUAAUUAUAUUAAACUCAAAUAUCCACAAACAUUGAUAUUGGGACUCAGAUGGGUAAUAGGUGAUUAAGUGACCAACCAUUUGUUCAGGAGACCUGUAAAUAAAAAGGAAAGAUACCCCGAAAGGAA